AUGUCCGGAUACAAUCAGACCACAGUUUUUGAGUUCAUUCUUUUGGGAUUUCCAGACCUUCACACGUUCUGGUUGUUUGUGUUCCUCCUUUUGCUGGUAGUUUAUGUGGUCACUCUGCUCGGAAACGUUCUCAUUAUCGGGCUGGUGUCCUCUACUUCUCGGCUGCAGUCACCCAUGUACAUCUUCCUCACUCACCUUUCCCUAUGUGACAUACUAAUAAGUACAAAUGUUGGUCCGAACACUCUGAGAGUCAUCAUAUGGGGUCAAUGUCCCAUAUCUGCUCUGUCAUGUGACACACAGUUAUAUUUCUUUGGUGCUUCUGCUCUUAUAGAAUGUAUGCUCCUUGCGGUGAUGUCAUAUGACCGCUACUUGGCCAUCUGUGACCCCAUGCAUUAUACAGCCAUUAUGAGCCAGAAUCUUCCUCACUGUUUGGCUUCCAUAUGUUGGAUGUUCGGUUUCCUUUUGUCAAUGAUCACGGAAAUCCUUAUAUUUCAAUUAGACUUCUGUGGUCCUAACCUCAUUGACCAUUUUUUCUGUGAUCUCGCUCCUCUUCUCCAGCUUUCAUGUUCUGAUACAAAAAGUGUAGAAGUUCAGGUGUCCAUUACAGUCAUUGCAAUUGUUAUGUCUCAAUUAUUAUUUGUCGUUGGGACAUACAUCUGCAUAUUCUCCUCCAUUCUUCAGAUCUCUUCCAUCAAUGGCCGACAGAAGGUCUUCUCCACCUGUAGCUCUCAUCUUAUUGUCGUAUCCACUUAUUAUGGGACCCUCAUUACUCUUUAUCUGGCUCCAUCAAGAAGAUACUCUGUAAAUCUGAAUAAAAUAUUAUCCCUAUUUAACACCAUUGUCACUCCCCUGUGUAACCCCCUCAUCUAUAGCUUACGAAACAAAGACAUCAAAAUGACUAUAGGCAAAACUAUUUUUUCAAAAUAA